AUGCAGAUUGAAAAUGUGGAAAACUUUACGUAUCUUGGAAGUGUCAUAAUAGGAAACGGAGGUACAAAAGACGAUAUUCGUAUGAGGAUACGAAAAGACCAACAAGCUUUUUAGCACGCCAACCCUGUUUGGAGAUAUGGUGGGUAUACUGCAAGGACAAAGAUCUGAAUAUUCCGAUCAAAUGUCAUGUCUGUUCUACUCUAUGGAUGUGAAACCUGGAAAGUGACAAACACCCUCACAGACAAACUGCAGGUCUUUGUUAACAAAUGUCUACGAAAAAUUGUCCGUAUAUACCAUCAGUGGCCUAACACCAUCAGAAAUGAAGAUCUGCUACACCUGACCGAACAAAAGAGGUUACAAAAUGAAAUUAAGUCCAGAAAGUGGGGUUGGAUCGGUCACAAACUCCGAAAAAAUAGGUGAAGUAUCGGAAAGACUGCCCCAGAGUGGAAUCCCCAAGGGAAAAGAAAAAGAGGUCGCUUAGUACAAACUUGGAGAAGAUCCAUCAUGGCAUAUAUAUAUAUAUAUAUAUAUAUAUAUAUAUA